CGACCAAACAAAAAUGUUGGUCUCAUCUUGGUUUGCUCACGGAUAUACUUGCUUGGUGGGAGAUUUGGGCCUGUUGCUUGAACACAGAGCUGAAACACUUCCAGGAAUUGGAAAAAAAGAGACAGACGGAGAUUUGAUUUGAUACCACAAGAUGGCUUUGCCGCCAUCUUGUGGCAUCGAUAUUUUUUUUUCUACCAGGAAAAGCUACGUCCUUACGAAAUGAAACUCCUCCCCUCAGUUCAACAUAGUCGCUAGGCACCAAGUUGCCACCAGAUAGCGCCAAAGCAAUAUUUUUAUAUUCAACACGGCUUUGGCCUGAAAAAUCUGUGACUUCGCCAAUGCCGAACUGCGAAUACACGGGGGUUCACUGUAAUACCUUUUCAAAGGUUUUAGGUUACUAUAAUGUUAUAUGAGCUGUUUUACAAUUGAGCUUCACCUAGAAGCCAGUGUGCGUACACUUGAUUUCGCGGUUUGUUUUUCAUGGUGAGAGGCAAUAAAUGAGCAAAUGUACACGUGCAAGCCGGGCCAUCGCUCGUUUUUUUCGGUCAUAUGAGCUACCCUGCAAUGUGCCCGUGUGUGUGUGUGUGUGUGUGUGUGUGUGUGUGUGUGUGACAGCAGCUGCGCGUUGUAUGGAAUCUGACAUCAACCCCUAGCGUCACUUGUCAGUUGCAGCCCAAAAUAAACCAAAGGCAACACUACGCAAGGCUGCCAGCGUCCCGGUGACUGGGCACAAAGUUCCCCUUUCUCUCUUCCAUGUUGAUUCCCAGACAAAAAGCUUCGUUCUGUCGCAGGAUGAGUCGCCCCGGUGAAUGACUUGAGUGUUUUCUUAUUUAUUUCUUCACUUGGCGUUGAGGAUGGUGCGCAACGUGGACGACCUUGACUUCUGUCUGCCGUCGCACCCGCAGACCAUCCUUGAGGGCCUGCGCUCUCUGUGCUCUCAGCCCACGAUGGUGGACGUCACACUGAGCGCCGGGGGUCGCGACUUCCCGUGCCACCGCGGGGUCCUGGCCCUCUGCAGCGCCUACUUCGGCUGCAUGUUCUCGGGUGACUUCGCCGAGAGCAUCGCGGCCCGCGUGGAGCUCCAAGAAGUGGAUCCGGAUAUUCUGAGCUGCUUGCUGGACUUCGCCUACACGGGCAAGCUGACCAUCAACCAGAGCAACGUGGAGGGUCUGAUCCGCACUUCCAGCCGGCUGCAGUUCCAGACGGUCCGCGCCGUGUGCACGCGGUACCUCCAGCACCAGAUCGACGCCACCAACUGCCUGGGCAUCCUGGAAUUUGGCGAGAUCCACGGCUGCCCCGAGGUGGUGGCCAAGGCGCGAGCCUUCCUCUUGGAGAACUUUGAGGCAGUCCAGCUGAGCGAGGAGUUCCUGCUCCAGGAGAAGGAGCGCCUGGUCUUCUGCCUGAGCCACGAAGGCUUGCAGGUCCGAUGCGAGCGCGCUCGCGUGGAGGCUGUCCUCAGGUGGGUGGGGAACCAGCGGGAGGCUCGCCUGGGCCACAUGCCGGAGCUGCUGGGCCUCUGCCGACUGGAGCUGCUCGACCCGGACUACCUGAGGGGCACGCUGAUGCAGGAUGCUCUGGUGCAGGCGUCGGACGGCUGCAGGGAGGCCGUGGAGAAGGUCCACAUGGAGAAAAUGCACUUGGCCCCGGAGUGCGCGGUCACAGUGGACGGUCAGAGUCCGCAGCCCAACCUGCAGGAGGUGCUCUUUGUCAUGGGGGGUCGCUCCCUGGACGACGACUCGGACGACGACUCGGACGACGACGAUGGCGAGCGGGCGAGAGCGAGAGCGCGCAGAACUCAGCCCAGGAACUGUGCCUUCUACAACACCAAGACAAAACAGUGGCAUGAGCUCCCAAGUUUCCCCAACCCAAACAAGUGGGGCUUCUCCAUGGUGUCUCUGAAUAAUGACGUUUACGUCACAGGUGAGGAUCUUUCUGUCCCUCCGUCAGCCUGUGUCAGACAUUUGAACGUUCCGAGAAAAUGUCUGCCCGCAGGAGGCUCCCGGGGCUCCAACACCAACACCUGGUCCACCACGGAGACGUGGAAGUACGUCACCAAGGAGGGCCGGUGGGUCACGGUGGCGCCCAUGCUCCGACCUCGCACCAACCACUCAUCCGCCACGCUCAACGGAGAGAUUUACGUCAUUGGCGGUACGACGUUGACCCGCGUGGAGGUGGAGCGUUAUGACCCGUACCAUGACACUUGGACCUCCACGUGUCCCGCCGUCAAGUACGUGACCAACUUCACUUGUACGGCGUGCCAGGGCAAGCUCUACGUCAUCGGCUCCUGCGCCGUCAAGUACAACGCGUUGACUAUGCAGUGUUACAACCCCGUCAUAGACAGCUGGAUGACUAUCUGCUCGCCAUUCAUCCCCAAGUAUCUGUCGUCUCCUCGUUCCGUGUGCAUGGAAGGAAACAUCUACCUGCUGGCCGACAACACCAAGAAAGUCUACUCCUACGACCCCGACGCCAACAUGUGGCAGAAGAUCCAACUGCUCCAUAUGCUGCACGAGAAUGGCGGCCUGGUGUCGCUGGACGGGAGGCUGUACGUAACGGGCGGCCACUGGAAGGGCAUGGAGGGCGACUACGGCGUGGAGGUGGAGGUAUACAACCGGGUCUCCGACACCUGGGAGGUGGAGGGCUUCCUGCCCAGACUCUGGUUCUACAGCGGCAUCUCCACCAUCUUCCUCGACCCCGCCAACUGGCCUCGCGUUUUCCCCGCCGACGCCACGUAGGCGAUGUCACGUGAUCGCUGGCGGAGCGAGAGCUUUGCCGUUGUUUAUUUACAUACGGUGGUGCCAUGACUUUCGAGUGCUCCAAUUGUCAAUUGAGUUACGAGCUUGGUCAUGGAACGAAUUCAACUCCUAAGGCAAGGUACCACUGUACAUUGUUGUCAACAUGUUAGGAAUCUUUGGUGCUGUUUUGUAAAUGAGCAAAGUGUAUGAGGGACACACACAAAUCAUACUACGAGAAUUAAGUCAUCAUCAUACAAGAAUUAAGUCGUAUUUUUUAGGGGGGAUCUGAAUGUUAGGCAAAUAAUGGUGUUCAAUCUUGUUAGAAAGUUUUUUUCAACGUCAGAUUUUGUCUGUGUGUGGUU